AUGGCGGAGGAGGUCGCUAAUACUGUGGCUGGGAAAAUAGUGGACUUGUUGUUUAGUGGGGCUAAACGGGAGAUUGAUUACAUCCGAAAUUACACUAAAAAUGUUGACAUCUUGAAGAAUGAAGCUCAAAAGCUCAGGGAUAUGAGGGAUAGGAUUCAACAACGAAUCAAUGCAGCUAAAGAAAAUGGAGAAGCUCUCUUAGCUGGUGUGCAGAACUGGAUGGACAAGGCAGAAAUUGAAAUGUCCAAGGUGGAAGAAUUUCUUGAACAAGAAGCACAUGCUAAAAAGACAUGCUUCAACUUACGACCUUGUGUCAAUUUGAGCACCCUACACCAUUACAGUAAGAUGGCAAUAAACAAGACCUCUUUUCUUCUGCAGCAUCAAGAAGAUGGCAAAACUCAUGAAUCUUGUGUCUCCAUUCCAACUCCCACCCCAAGAUUUGUAGACCUCUACCAAACAAAGAAUCUUGAUGAUAUUGAUACCCACAAGUUGGCGUUGAGGGAAAUCAUUCAAGCUAUCAAAGAUGAGAGCAUACAAAUGGUUGGAAUUUAUGGAUCAGGAGGUGUAGGGAAAACUACAUUAGCCAAGGAAGUUGCUGCAGAAGUGAAGAAUCUAUUUGCAGACAUUGUGUUUAUAACUGUCUCACAGACUGUAGACGUUAAAGAGAUUCAAAAAAAUGUUGAAAAAGCUGCAAAGCGGAUAAUGAUUAAUAAGGAGAAGGUUCUAAUCAUUUUAGAUGACAUAUGGGAACCAGUAGUCCUCUCUGAUGUGGGCAUACCAUGUGGGAAUGAGCACAUGAAUUGCAAGAUCUUGUUGACGUCUAGAAGGAUGGAUGUAGGUGAAGGGAUGAAUGUUGAUAGGAAUAUUUGUGUAAACACUUUGAAAAAGGAAGAAGCGUGGGUCCUCUUCAAACGUAUUGUUGGUGAUGGAAAGUUAGCGAAUGACUCGAGUCUGGAGAAAAUUGCAAAAGAGGUGACUGAAGAAUGUGGCGGAUUGCCACUCAUCAUUCAAGCGGCGGGAAAUGCUUUAAAAAAUAAAAAAAUUGAUAUUUGGGAGGCGGCACUUAACCGACUAAGAAAGCAUGCCCCUCUAGAGAUCGAUCAAGAGAUAAGGAAAGCAUUUACUCAUUUGAAGCUGAGCUAUGACUUACUUGAUAGCAAAGAAGCUAAAUCAAUCUUCUUGCUGUGUAGUUUGUUCAAGGAAGAUGAAAUCCUAGAUACUUUACGUUUAGCAGAAUAUGGGGUGGGUCUGCAGAUAUUUGAUAAUCUGGAUAGCAUUAACGACGCGGAAAAAAGAGUCCGAAUGGCAGUUGACACCCUCACAUCCUCUUCCUUGUUAUUGCCUGAGCCGGGAGACAAAGUAAAAAUGCACGAUGUUGUUCGUGAUGUCGCUUUGUUAAUAACUUCGUCUUCUGAAGGUGAAGAGAAAGAGAAGUUUUUAGUGGAGGCUGGAAAAUGUAUGACAGAAUGGCAACCAAGAAACAGAACCUCAGAAAGCUACACCAAGAUCUCACUCAUGAGUAAUAUAAUUCGUAAGCUUCCAGAUCAUGAGCUUCAUUUCCCACUCCUUGAUACUUUUCUUAUACGAUACAACGGUCUUUCCAUGAUUCCUGAUGAUUUCUUUGGAGGCAUGAAAGAAGUUAAAGUUUUAGAUAUGUCUUUCAAUAAUAUCACAUCCCUCCCACAAUCAGUGAAACUGCUCACAAAACUCAUCACGCUAGAUCUAAGUUGGAAUGAAUCCCUUUAUGAAAUUUCUCUACUUGGGGAGUUAAAAGACCUUGAGAUUCUAAAGGUUAGAGGUACCAGAAUUAAAGUGAUUCCUGGAGAGAUCGGUCAAGUGACCAACUUAAGGCUGUUGGAUGCGGGUGACUGUCGCUAUUUAUCUCAUGUGACACCGGGUGUCAUAUCAAAGCUUACUUGGUUGGAAGAGUUGUAUAUUGGAACCCUUGCGACACACUCAGUGUCUGACCUUGGUCUUAUGGAAAUAAGUAACUUGAAAUCGUUCAGAGCUCUGCAUUUAUGGAUGGAUUCAGAUGAAUGUCAUAUUUUUCCUGAAGGUACCUACUUCGAAAUGUUGCAAGAAUUCUAUUUUCAAUUUAUUAACCAAAGGCUUAUUGAUUUUGAGAGAUUGCUUUUUGAAAACCAUGACGGAUAUAUUAGUGAUUUGGAGCGAUCAAGAUCAUAUUUAAAACGUCGACUACACAUUUCACAUUCUAACUUCCCAUUCAGUAUGCCAAUCAAGAAACUGUUUCGGGUAAGUGAUGGUAUAUUACUAAUGAAGAUAAAAGAUUUGGAUAACAUCAUACCAGACCUUUAUGGAGAGAGUAUUAAUGAAUUUAAAUUAAAGUCUAUUCAAUUGAAAUGUUGUCACAAUGUUUCAUGCUUGGUGAAGGCAACGCAAACUUUUGUUGCAUCCAAUGAUCUGAUGCUUGGUCAAAGGAAAACAACAAAGGAAAAGUAUUUCUCCCAAGUGGAACAAAUCCGUCUGACUGACCUUAAGAACCUGAAGCUUCUUUUUGAUUGUUCAUUUCAAUUUAUAAGCUUGCGUAAUCUACAAGCCAUUGAAAUUUCAGGUUGUGAUUCCUUGUUGACGGUAUUUCCGUUAAGUGUAGCACAAGGGCUUUCCAAUCUGAGAAGGUUAGGGAUUUAUAGGUGUAACAGUUUGAUGGUAGUGAUUUCCGGUGGAGAUGAGCAAACAACUGAUAAUGACAUUGAGUUCCCUAGACUUACCCAUAUUGAACUUAGGUUUUUGCCACAACUAAAGAGCUUCUACUCUGGGGAUUCUACAGUCAAAUAUCCUUCUUUGGAGUUUAUCCAGUGGUUUAAGAACACGUACUCAUAUGAUUCUUCAUCAAGUCAUCUUCCUUUGCAAGUUUUACCACCUCAAGGUGAAGAUGAUGAAAUCGUAUCAGGCACCAAACCUACCAGACGACUCCUAUUCAUUUUAAGAUGUAUCGGGUUUGCCACAAAUGUCGAUGAACACAAGAGAAAGGUCCAUUAUACCCUUAAAUUUGUUCUCCAUGAGGCGCUCGAUUUGGUUGGAUUCAACACUACCUAUGCUAGGGAUACUCUAGAGGAUUUUGAUGGAGUUAGAUGGGCUCUUAACGAACUUGAGCUGGAGGAUCUUUUUUCUACUGCACCCGAAAAUCCUUGGAAUGAAGCACCAUAUGCAAAUGCAGCUAAGAAUAAUGCCUUGGAAAGACUCUCACUUGAUGGCUUCUUAUCACAGGUAUAUUACUUGAGUUAA